AUGAAGCGUAAGCCCUCAAGGGCUGGCACCCGCAGCGUCACCACCCUCACCGCUACCCAGCUCGAACGCAAACGCGCCAGCGAUAGAGAAGCCCAGCGCGCCAUUCGCGAGCGGACCAAGAACCAUAUCGAGUCUCUAGAGCGCCGGAUUAUAACCCAGGACGCCGACAGCGAAUUAAGGCUCACUGAGCUCUUGCAAAGAAACAAUGAGCUGGAGAACAAGAAUGCCGUGCUGCAGACGCGGCUGAGCCAUGCUCUCGCCUCGUUAGAAUAUGCAGAUUCCUAA